UCCCAAGAAUGACUUCACGGCAGCCCCCGCCCCCGACGCCGGACUGAAUGAAGAGCCAUUGAGAGAGGGGCAGCUGCGAGGAGCGCAGCCUGGCGGCGGGGGGGGGGGCACAGUGAGCCGAGCCAGACGUGCUGCUGUGGGCAGAGCCAAGGCGCUGGGGGAGAGCUGGCUCAGCAGGAGCAGCAGGUGGUUCUCUGGCUUGGAACAGCCGGAGCCUCAGACUUCGCGGCGGCGCAAGAACGGCAGCCUUAGUCUCCAUCCUUAACAUCUGCAUCGAGGAGCCCACCAGCCUGCCUUCCUCCCCCGGGGAAAAAGAGCAGCGGCGACGGCGGCAUCCUUCAGUCUCCUCGGGAGAACAGCAGCAGCUGCUGGAAGAAGCGUCUCUCCUGACAGCAUCCUUGAUCAUCGCAUCCUUUCUCCCCUGGGUACCACCAGCAUCCUCUUCCCUGCGCUUUCCAUUCUUAGCAUCACCUUCUCUUCCGCCUUCGCGGGUGGGUUCAAGUCUUCUCUCUACCCCCCCGCCUCAUAUUUCCCCCGCCUGCCCAUUUCUCACUCCCAAAGGCCCCCCCCACAGCAGCCAAGACGCCGCGGGCUGUGCUCCGAGUGAAGAAUGGGGCGUCGAAGCUGGCCAAGCCGCAGGCUGCGGCCGAAGCCCCCGGCGGCGCCCCGGGCUCUGGGCUUUUCAUGGAGCGCUCGCAGAGUCGCCUUAGCCUCUCCGCGUCCUUCGAGGCCCUGGCCAUUUAUUUCCCCUGCAUGAACAGCUUCGACGAGGAAGACGCGGAAGGAGAUGGCCGGAAACUCAAAGGUGCUAUCCAGCGGAGCACAGAGACUGGCCUGGCUGUUGAAAUGCCAAGCCGGACAAUCCGACAAGCCAGCCAUGAAUCCAUUGAGGACAGUAUGAAUAGCUAUGGAUCCGAAGGAAACUUGAAUUUCAAUGGAGUUCAUCUGGCAGCCGCUGGGCAGUUUAGCGAUUUCCUCGGUAGCAUGGGGCCAGCACAAUUUGUGGGUCGCCAGACCUUGGCCACUACCUCUAUGGGUGAUGUGGAAAUUGGGUUACAGGAACGAAAUGGACAACUGGAAGUGGAUAUCAUUCAAGCCCGAGGACUGACUCCAAAGCCUGGUUCCAAAACCCUACCAGCUGCUUACAUCAAGGCCUAUCUUCUAGAAAAUGGGGUGUGCAUUGCAAAGAAAAAGACCAAAGUGGCUCGCAAAUCCUUAGAUCCCCUGUACAAUCAAGUGUUACUUUUCCCAGAGAGUCCACAAGGCAAAGUACUGCAGGUGAUAGUCUGGGGAAACUACGGACGCAUGGAACGCAAACACUUCAUGGGAGUUGCCCGGGUUCUUUUGGAAGAACUUGAUUUGUCAACUUUGGCGGUGGGUUGGUAUAAGCUUUUCCCAACCUCUUCAAUGGUGGAUCCUGCUACUGCUCCACUCCUGCGCCAAUCCUCGCAGCUUUCCUUGGAGAGCACAGUAGGACCUUGUUGUGACAGGUCUUAAUUGACAAGGAAGUUCCGGGGGGACUGCUUCUGUUUUUAAAAUCAUGCUGUCAAGGUUUUGUUUGCCAGAACGCUGUCCUCAAGCGCAUUGCAUCUUCGAUCAGUCCUUGGAGGAACCUGAAGGUGGGGAUAGCCAAGUAACCUUGGACAGGAACCAAGAUGGAGGGCAAUGAUCUUUCUCCAUCUAAGUAGGAGGAGCUGCAGGGAAUGAAUCCUAAUUAUGAAAUGACACACACAAAACAUACCUUUUUGUUCCCCUUUUUCACUGUCACUCAUGCACCCUUGCUUCAAAUCAGUGUAAAACCUUGAAAUGUUGCAGCAUCUUUUUUAAUUGGGGAAGAUGUUUUUUUUUCUUAAAGCUAUUUUACAAAUUGAAAAACAAGAGAACUUUUGGCAGUUCUUAAAUAUUCAAAAGCAAGCAUCUGACCUAAAAGAAAACAGUAGUUUCAGGGAAAUUUUGUGGGUUUUGUAAACUUUUGUUUUCCUUUAAAGAGUGGAGGUUUGGGGAAGGAACUGCAACUAUUUAUUUAGAACAAGUUCCACAGUUCAGUUUGAUGUACAGACAUCACUGUAUUUUUUACACUGUGCCAAACUACCAGCAGUGUCUUCUACUACAGGACUUAGGCCAACAGUACUGCUGAUGCAUUUUUGCUGGAAGAACAAAAGAAUAUGCUUUGGUUAUACCAGUUAGUUGUAAUGCAGAGUGCGUAGCAAGCCCAUUAGCUGAAACGUUGCACAGAGAAUGUUGCUGAAUGCAAACUGGAAAUCUGGCAGAGAUGAUAUUCGCUAGGCCAUUGUUAGAUAUGAGCAUUGCAAAAACACACACCAUACCUUACCUCAGCUUUUGCUGUUCACCCUGUUGCGUUUUUGCUUCCAUGUUCUAGUCAUGCUUUGUGGUUUUGUAGCGCAUAGGUUGUGAUGUGCCACUUUCCUCUGGGAAAGGGAUCGGUUUGAGGUAGCAAUACUUUCUUCUGCCUUUGUAAAUGAAACGACAACAUGAAAGGUUGAA